AUGAAGGCUUUUUUCCAUCGCCUUCACCUAGGCGGUGGGGCUAAGGACAAGGAUCGGGACUCUGUCAAUGCUCCAAAAGAGAAAUUUCCCCCUCUACCUUCUUGGCCCCCCCAGGAGACCCCAAGGCCCACCUCAACUGCAACGGUCCCUUCUGUAGCCUCCUUGAAGCCCCUUCCCGAGCUUGUUCCUGCCCAGCUAUCCUCCCAGCUCUCUACUCGUCCAUUGCCCCCAAUUCAUGAUCCUUCCCCCUCCCCAUCUCAUAAUCACACAUCCAAUGGCAGCGCUUCUUCUCCAAAACAAGCACCGAUCCCAUUGCAGGCAGAAGAGGCCUCUCAGGAAUCAUCUGGAACUACUUCGGAAUCAGCAGGACGGAGCUCUCGAAAAACAAAUGGCUCCGUGAGUAUCAGCGCAGCAGCAGAUGUGCAGAAGAAAGUAGCUUUCUUAUCUCCUCCUCAGACACCAGUCGAUUUCGAACGAGCCCUUCCUGAUGCACCUGCUGCUGCUGCUGCUUCGACCCCAACACCUGUACCCCUCAAAACGACGGUGUCGCGUUUCCAGGCUGUGUAUGGCAAGGAACCACGCGGCUCUAUCUCGAGUGGAGGUUCAUCUUCCAAAGUUGAUGUUGCAACUACAAGUAAACAACCUGUAAAAGCUCCUUCCGCUCGCAAUUCCUCUCCUUACAUUCAGAAACCUAUUGAAGGUUCAUCUCAGUCUCUUCGCUCUGGCACUCCCUAUUCACAAAUGUCCGCCAACACCAGCGGAAGUCGAAUUCUCGCUGCUCAGUCAUGGAGUGAGGUAACAGAAGAUGAUCUAGUUUCGAACCUCGGUAUGCGUGAGCGUACACGACAGGAAGUGUUGUUCGAAAUUAUUUCCAGUGAAGAAAGAUAUGUUCAAGAGCUCGUCAAAAUGAAAGAUACCUUUAUUGAUCCAUUACUUCACCCUUAUUCAAUGACUGCUGCUUCUGCUGCCUCCACCCCAAAUUUGGAUUACGAUUAUUACCGUUCAGAGUCGCCAUUUGAAUCCACCGACGAUCUUCCCCCCAUCGCUGCACGAUUCAUGUCUCCAACACCCUCAAUGAAUCCACCGUCCACCGUGAAUCGCCCUCAGAGCUCUGCUUCUCCCCGACCUAGAGACGCUCCUGUGAUCGAUGGGGAAUCACUGGAAACUGACGAAGAUGAUGAGGCUGGUGAUAGAGCAGGGACAUUGUACGACACUUCCAGAAGGCCAGGAACAAGUACUGACCAUCCACGUUCGCCGUAUCGCAUUACGGCAACGCGUUCUGGUGGUCGUGCGAGUGGUGUUUCGGUCCCAUUUCCUUCUCGUUCACAUAUGUCUCUCCCUCCUGCUCCCCGCAACCCAUUGUCAACCUCCACACAUUCGCUGGGUCGACAAUCACUGCUCAUUGAACGUGAGCGAGAGCGGGAACGAGAACGCGAUCGUAAAUUCAGUCAAGGUCAAUCGGAUUCACCGCAGAAAGGUAUGCUCAAGAAAUUCAGACGCAGCCAAACGGCCACAGAAGUAGUUCUUGGAAACACAAUCGCUCCACAUCAACUUCCAGAAGAUCUACGUAUUUGUCUAGAAGUGAUUGAUAGCGGUGUGUUUGAUGGCCAUAAGCGAUUGUCAGAAGCUCUUAAAAAGCGUUAUGAUGAUCAGUUCCCGCUAGUGCGGUCACUUGCAGAUGUUUUCGUGUCAAAUUCGGACAUUUUCCAUGGUUAUGCCACAUAUGUCCUUCACUUGGAGCGCGCCCUUGAACAAGUCGAUGCUGCUCUUUCAAAUGUUUCUACGAAGAAACCCAAGAAACAGGAUGUUGGAGAAUGGCAAAAAGUUUGCAAGUUUCUCCAAAAAUUAGAGGAGAACGCAUCCGAUAAAGGCGAGACGGGUUUGGCCAUCACCUUGUCUAAACCCUUCCAAAGGUUGCUGAAAUACCCACUGUUGUUCCAAAAUCUGCUCUUUCAUACGGAUCCCAGUACGUUUGAGUACGAGAGUACUUUACAGAUGGUUGCGGAAGUGGAAAAUAUCGUCAGGAGUAUUGAGGACGAGAAAAUUCAAAAGGAAGAGCGUGAUAAGACAAGAGAUGUCUUUGCCCGCAUUGAAGGGUUGGACAAAGUUCGACAAGUUGCAUUGCCUAAGCCUUCGCGUGUCCUGCUGGAAGAGAGGUCGUGUUCGCUUGGUCUUGGUCCCGUCAACGUUAACCCAAAGCCAGCAUCGCCGCCACCUAUUAAUAACGGGAAAGCAAUCAGAGGGAAAUCGUCUUUCAAACGCCUUAGUGACGUUCUUUCGUCCAACGGUGUGGGCGGCAAGAAAGACCUUUGGUUUGUCAUUUUCAACGAUGUUGUAUUACAAUGUCAGCGCAUAGGCACAACAUCGUUACCGCUAGUUGCAUCAACCAAUUCGCGCACAAAUUCAUUGCCAGAGUUCCAAGGAAAGGCAAAGUAUGCUACCACUGGCCGCCGCAACUCAGCAACUAAACCCCGUAAUAUGUAUAAAUUUAUUAAGAUUGAAACUUGGGAUAUUGGAAAUGUCUUGCAACCUCGCGAAGGUGUGGUUGCAAUGGAAGACAUGGCUAAAUCUCGAGCCCAAGCUUUAUCUAGUCAACCUAGGAUUGUGCCCUUACCGGAUGAUGACGAAAAUAACGACGAUGACUCCGAUGACUCUGACAAGAAGAGCAAAAUGAGUUUCUCGUAUUGGGGAGCAGACAAAGUAACGGUUCAAAAACCUGUGUUGAAAGGGCGGGCAGGAGUAAAUCCACGAAGAGGUGGCGGGGUAGCUUCGUAUGGCAGAGAAUCAUCCGCAAAUGCCAAGUUUGGGACACGACUGGUAUCGGAUGGCUCCUCACAUAAUCCCCGCCCACCGUCGAGCCGCAGAACCACAACAACGCCGACACCACGCCGGCCACCACCACCUUCUGAUGAAGGGCCUAAUUAUGCCCGAGCAACUAUCACACGACCUGCUUGGGAUACUAGCACCCGAACUCCUAUUCCUAAUCCCACUACUAAACGUACCCGCAAUCCUUCGCAAGUAAGCCCGGCCACGAGAACCCCUAUCGCCUCGCCUAAAAAUCCAGUUGCAUCCCCUGCCCCAUCCGAAGAUUCUGGUGUUGGCUUGUACCGACAGAUGCUCGCUAAGGAUCCCUCUUUCAAUGAUACCUCCUGA